UAUUUUUUUUUUAUAAACAAAUAUACCUUUUUCUUUCUUUCUUGUUCAUAAUCAUCUUGAAUUCUUCACAUUCUUGCUCAGUCUUGUACAUGGGGUUUGUCUUCCAACAUCAAAAGCAUAUAAAUUGUUGGGUUUUGAUUCGUUUAUUGGGUUUCUUGCGCGGUUUGUGUUAAAUACUGGUAUAGUUUAUAUAAAAUCAUUUUUUGUUUGUGGGUUUGAGAUGGAUUGUUCCGUACAGAAGAGUAAUAAACUCUGUGCUUGUGUGUGAGAGAGAGAGUGCGUAUGAGUGUGUGUAUUUGUGUUUGUGUUGUCGGCGCAAGGUCGCUUUCUGUCGGCAUUGUCUGUAUCCAACGAUGAUACACAAUAGAGAGGGAUUUAUUUACUUUCAAUUUUUUUUUUCGAAAGUACAAGGGAGAUAGAGAGAUGCUUCUGGGGAUUCUUAAUUCAUUUGUUGUUGCUGUCUGAACCUGUCUUUGUAUUGUGUUUUGUUCCAUUUUUUUUUUUUUUUGCAUCAUUUGGACCUGGCCAAAACUAUUGGUCUGGUCGUGAUCAGUACUGGGUUUUCAUUUCUUUUUAUGUCAAUAAUCUUUAUUAUUUGAUUUUACUUUUUUUUUUUUUUUUUAAUUGUUUGGGAUUUCUGGGUUUGGUUGCAUGAGAUAGGGGAUUCUUUAUUUUCAAUGUGGGAUUCUUUGUUUUGGUGAUAGUCAUAUUGGGAGAUUGAUUUUCUUUGUCAUUGGCAAAUGAAGUUAAGGUUUCUGGAGAUCUGGCUGCAGAAUUUCUCUGGGAAUACAGGUUCAAUGUACAGUACUUUGAAUCCUAGUUAUAGAUUACCUCAUACCUAGAGUGGUUCCCAUACCAAAUGUCAGCGACUCUUGCGGCAAUAAUUGGAGGUGCUGCAGGAGCUGUGGCUUUGGUGGGGAUAGUUAUCUUUCUCAUAUGGUUCUGCCUGUAUCAUAAACGAAGUGUUUCAAGAAAUUCAGAAACAGGGUCUUCUGAUCAAUCUGUUCAAGCAGGUAGAAAUGUUGGGAUUGAGUUAUCAGUACGAGAAGUUAGGCCUUUUGCUAUGGAAGAGUUGUCUCAUGCAACGAAAAAUUUUAGUGAUAAAAACCUGAUUGGGGAAGGAAAAUUUGGAGAGGUAUAUAAGGGUUUGCUACAGGAUGGGAUGCUGGUAGCCAUAAAGAAGCGACCUGGAGCACCUAGUCGUGAGUUCAUUGAUGAGGUACACUUCCUCUCAUCUAUUCAUCAUCGGAAUCUUGUGACUCUUCUGGGUUACUGUCAGGAAAAUAAUUUACAGUUUCUUAUAUACGAGUAUGUACCUAAUGGGAGUGUUUCCGUUCACUUGUAUGGAGCUGGCCAAGUUUCCCGUCAGAAGCUAGAAUUCAAGCAUAGACUUUCGAUAGCUCUAGGGGCAGCUAAAGGUCUGGCUCAUCUUCACUCCCUGAUUCCCCGUGUGGUACAUAAAGAUUUUAAAACAGCCAAUGUUCUUGUAGAUGAAAAUUUCAUAGCCAAGGUUGCAGAUGCUGGAGUUCGAAAUUUUCUUGGGAGAACUGAUGUUGCUGGGCCAUCAUCACAAGUCACAGCUGAUGAGAUAUUCCUUGCCCCGGAGGUGAAAGAAUUCAGAAGAUUUUCUGAAAAAAGCGAUGUGUAUAGUUUUGGAGUCUUCCUUUUGGAGUUAGUAAGUGGGCGGGAAGCAUCAGAUUCGCUGUCUUCAGAUUCCAGUAAGAAUUUGGUUGAAUUGGUGCAAAACAGUCAAGAUUUUAGCAAUAUUUCAAGCAUCAUCGACGAGAGAUUGGGGAAUAGUUUCACAACAGAAGGUAUGGAAGAGUUCCUACAGUUGAUAGUCCGAUGCUUGGAUCCUUCAAGUGAGAGGCGACCUUCGAUGAGCUAUGUAGUAAUGGAACUCGAUCGGACACUGGAGAAAGAAAUGAGCUUGACAACAGUUAUGGGGGAAGGAACCCCAACGGUGACCCUUGGAAGCCAGUUAUUUAGAGCUACAAAAUGAGCAGAACUUGUUUGCCUCCCAGAUAUUCAGCGUGAUUUUUGUGAAAUACAUUUUUUUGUCCCUUUCUUUUAAUUGUUUAUUUUUUUUU